AUGGGAGAUAAAUAAUCGUCAUUCAUUACCCUUCUGAUCACUGCCAUGAUUCUCUCAGGAGCAGCAAAUACAAUAGGUACUAGUUUGAUGAUGUAUAUCUUUAGUCUAUAAAUUAUAAAAUACAAGUAAAGUUACUGUUGAUGGAUGGGCUGCAUCAAAUUUCAACCAUCCGUUUAUGCAAGCAGUCACUAUGUUUUUGGGUGAGUCUUUGUGCAUAUUACUAUUUUUGAAUAUCAAGAAGAAGCCAGAUUAUAAAUAAGGAUGUAUUGAAGCAGCAGCUAAAGGGUAUAUAUAGAAAUUUUAUAUAUAAUAGGUUAAAAACAAAAGUCAAUUAUGGUUGGGUGGCAAUUCCAGCCAUGUGCGAUUUAACUGCCUCGACAUUGGCUUAUAUAUCCUUGAAUUACAUCCCCCCAUCCAUUUAUCAGAUGUUGAGAGGAGGAGCAAUCAUCUCAACUGCAAUUAUGUCCACAUGUUUCUUAAAGAGACAUAUUAAAAAGUACUAAUGGUUUGGAUGCUUUUUCGUCUUGGUGGGUAUUACUUUAGUGGGAAUGAGUUCCUUUUUAUUUCCACCCAAGAAAGACAACAAUGAUGAUUCGGAUUCAGGAUCUGAGAUUGGAGCUGCUUACUUUAUAUCUGUUGGAUUAUUGUUAUUAUCAGUUGUGAUGAACGGACUCUAAUUUGUGUCUGAGGAGAAACUCUUUGAUGUUUAUUAUUUGCAUCCUUUUGAAAUCGUAGGCAUUGAAGGAUUGUGGGGUUUUUCAGUCUACGUAGUGUUGGCAAUAGCAUUGACUUUUAUCUAAUGUCCAAGUUCAAUGGAAAAUAGCUGCAUCUAAAAAAGAAUGACGGACAUGUUUUACUUUGAAAGAGCGGAUUUGUAUUUCUUGCAAAUCUUUGGCAACGGCUUAUUACUCUUUUGGGUUAUUUUGGGCAUAUUCACAAUAGCAACAUUCAAUAUCUGUGGUGUUUCAGUUACUAAAUAUGUGUCUUCCUUGGCCAGGUAAAGAUUCUUUUGAUUAAUUAGAUCUCUUGUCGAUGUUUCAAGAACAUUAAUUAUUUGGGCUGUUUCAUUGGCUAUCACUUGGAUAGAUCCAGAGGCCAAAUGGGAAAACACAAGAUGGGAGGCUAUUGUUCUAGAAUUGCUUGGGUUCUGUAUUUUAGUUACUGGAAAUCUAAUCUACAAUGGAACCAUCAAGUUGAAGUUUCUGGAUGAAGGCUCUUAAGGUAAAAUAUCUCGUCUAUAUAUUUAAGUCGAUCCAUUAAAUGAUGCCACUUAACAAUUUCUGGAUAGUAAGAAUGGUCAAUCAUUAUAGCCUCAAUGAAG